AUGCUGGCACCACUCGUUCUUUCUCUAGCAGCCGUGCUCGUAAGAGCUCAAGAACCUGUGCCCUCUGUCCCUGCUUCCAUCUCCUCAGCAGUCGCUCCUGCCGCGACAGAGGUGCCUGCAGACUCCACCGAAGCAGGUGUUCAAUUGUUUGAGGCGGAGACGACUCAAUUGACGGAUGCGGUCGUCACUGACAUCGUCAACACACCGGAAAUCGCUGACUAUGCCCAUCUCUUUGCUUUCGAGAACACGACCACGCAACUGUCUGAGCGCGCUAAACGCCAGCGCCGCCUAUUGAAAUGCAAGUCGGCACCUGGAGAUCUGCUUUACCCCGUAAAACUCGUAUGGGGUAUCUUCGAUCUCCUGCUUGGUGGUGCAUUGGAGCCAAUUGUCCCGCUUGCCUCCUACUGCUACAAGGAUUCCGAGUUCGAUAAUUACAAUGCCGACAAGUGCGCUGCUGUCACUGCUGGUUGGACAACCGGCGAGCUUCAUUACAACGACCCCGGCUCGAUUAUGUGGCCGUUGUACACAGGGCCCACUUGCCUGCUUCCCGGCGAUGCCGCGUCACACGGCAACUGUACUCAGGGCGGAUAUUCUUCGUACUCCGUCCAUGUUACAAACGUGGCCCAAAUCCAGUUGGCUGUCAACUUCGCACGUACUUCAAAUCUCCGUCUUGUCAUCAAGAACACUGGCCAUGACUACAAUGGAAGGUCGACCGGAAAAGGUGCAUUGAGCCUUUGGACGCACAACUUGAAGGGGAUUCAGUACAUCCAGAACUACAAGAGCUCCACCUACAACGGCCCUGUCUUUAAGGUAGGAGCAGGUGUGCAGGGGUACGAGCUCUACCAGGCUGCCGACAAGUAUGGCGUCUCUGCAGUUGGCGGAAUUUGCCCUACCGUCGGAGUCUUCGGCGGCUACUCCGCCAAUGGAGGUCACUCCCCACUGAUGCAGCUUUUCGGAAUGGGUUCCGACCAGGUUCUUGCUCUCGAAGUUGUCACUGCCAGUGGUCUCUUUCUCACUGCGACACCCACCGUCAACAGUGACUUGUAUUGGGCAUUGUUGGGUGGAGGUGGUGGAACCUUUGGUAUAGUCACCUCAGCUGUUGUCAAAGUUCACGAAAAGGUACCCGUUACCGUCGCCCAAUGGAGCUUCAACUCCUUUGUUAGCGGCCCCGAGCCGUUCUGGAAGGCUCUCAAGUUCUUCUGGGACGAGAUCCCCAACUACAACAGCAACAAAACGUACUCGUACGGCACCAUUAUCAAUGCUGGUGUGGGCUACUUGUACACAAUGGCACCUUUCUUCGCAACCAAGAAGACAGUCGCAGAAUUCAACACUCUUUUGAAACCUUACUUCGACAAACUGACCGAACUGGGCAUCCCCUACGAGCUCAACGUCACCCACUACGACACCUUCUACCCAGCCUACCAAGCCAGCUGGGCAGACAGCGACUUCCAUAUCGGCAGCACCGCCGGAACCCCUGGCGUUCGCCUUGUCCCCACCGAGAACUGGGCCACCGAGGCUAUCCGCAACAAGACCUGGACCGCCAUCCGCGGCGCCAUCGACACCGCCCCCGUAAUCACUAUUUACAACCAGAGACCCAACAACCCCGCCAAGAUCAUCAACAGCGUCAACCCCGCGUUUCGCAAGGAAGAAGCCAUGGUCCUUAUGAUCAACGGCAUUGCCGACCCCUCCACAGCAGCGGGCUUAAAGCAAGCCGAGGACGACUUCGCGAACAAGAUCAUGGGUCCGCUGCGCGCCGUUACGCCUACAGGUGGCGAGUAUGGCAACGAAGCAGAUCCGUGGAAUCCCAACUUUAAAGCUGAUUUCUGGGGCGCGAACUACGCGCGUCUGGCGGAGUUGAAGAAGAAGUGGGAUCCGACGGGUUUGUUCUAUGUGCAUCAUGGGGUGGGGAGUGAUGAGUGGGUGGUUGAGGAUGGGGAUCGGGGGUUCCGACGCAGGAUGGGAGGCUUUGUCGGGUUUGAGGGGAGCUGGGAGGGGAGUUUGUGUUCGUGUGUAGAUAUUUUUACAAUAGUCAAAUUUAAUUUAUGA